UUCCUAUGAUUGGCUCACUGUCUGUCAUUUUUUCCUAUUUAGCGUACAAAGCUGGCAACUCAUUGAGUAGUUUUCCAUAAAUAUUCCCAGAUCAAGACAAAUCCAUCAGUCUAAUUUCCAUUUUUUACAUUACGUUACAAAUCACAAUCAAAGUUCUCUCCUUUGACCUUUCUAAAUACAAAUCAUUAACAUUUUUCAAUCAAAUCCAAUAUUCCAAGUAUAUCAAUCAACCCCAUUUCAAAUCAUACAAUAUAAAUAAUGGGUUUGGAAAGGGAAGAAGAAGAACCCACAAAAAUGUCAAAAUUAAGGUAUAAUUCUCCUUUAAUUCAAGUAAUAUUAAUAGGGUUAGUAUGUUUUUGUUGCCCUGGUAUGUUCAAUGCAUUAUCUGGUAUGGGGGGUGGUGGUCAGGUUGAUCAUACAGCAGCAAAUAAUGCUAAUACAGCUUUAUACACUACAUUUGCAAUGUUUGGGAUUUUGGGUGGUGGAAUUUACAAUAUAUUAGGGCCUAGAUUGACCUUGCUAGCCGGGUGUUCGACGUAUGUGCUGUACGCAGGCUCGUUUGUGAACUAUAAUCACCACCAUUCUCAGGGUUUUGUGAUUGCUGCUGGUGCACUUUUGGGUGUGGGUGCUGGUUUGUUGUGGGCUGGUCAAGGAGCUAUCAUGACUUCAUAUCCUACAACUAAGAGAAAAGGGAGUUAUAUUAGUAUGUUUUGGAGUAUAUUUAAUAUGGGGGGAGUUAUAGGUGGGUUGAUUCCAUUUAUAUUGAAUUAUAAUAGGGCUGAGGCUAGUUCUGUUAAUGAUGGGACUUAUAUUGGAUUUAUGUGUUUUAUGGGUGUUGGUGUACUUCUUUCAUUGUGUAUUUUACCACCUAAUGAAGUGAUUAGGAAUGAUGGGAGUGUGUGUGCUCAUAUUAAGUACUCGAAUGUAACGACUGAACUCGCUGAGAUUUUGAAGUUGUUCUUGAAUUGGAAGAUGUUAUUGAUUGUGCCAGCUGCUUGGGGGAGCAGUUUUUUCUAUACUUAUCAGUUUAAUAAUGUGAAUGGGGAGUUGUUUAAUUUGAGGACUAGGGGGUUUAAUAAUGUGUUUUAUUGGGGGGCUCAGAUGUUGGGGUCUAUUGGGAUAGGAUACUUGAUGGAUUUUAGCUUUCAGAGUCGGAGGAAAAGGGGAUAUUUGGGGAUUAUGGUUGUUGCUUUGCUUGGAACUGCGAUUUGGGGAGGUGGUCUAGCCAAUCAGUUGAGGUACUCAAGGAAUAAUGUUCCUGAGAAGUUGGAUUUUAAGGAUUCGGGUGCUGCUUAUGCCGGUCCAUUCCUAUUAUAUUUUAGCUUUGGCUUGUUGGAUGCCAUGUUCCAAAGCAUGGUUUACUGGGUUAUUGGUGCUCUGGCAGAUGAUUCAGAGACACUUAGCAGGUACAGUGGUUUCUACAAGGGAGUGCAGAGUGCAGGGGCAGCAGUUGCUUGGCAAAUUGAUGUACACAGUGUCUCGUACCUUAACCAGUUGAUUGUGAACUGGGUAUUGACUACAGUCAGUUAUCCCCUCCUGCUUCUACUAAUAAUGUUUGGAGUUAAGGAUGAAAGUGUAAAUGGAGAACAAUUCUUAGAAGAUAAGAAUGAUAGGCUAAGCAGUUUAUCUUGAUGCUUAUGCUUCCUCUUGACCUUCGGCUUUUCGUGCUAUAUUGUUAUAGUCAUAGUGAAGAUAUGAUGUAAGUUUAGGAAGUAAGAGCACUCCUAGAUGGAGGCAGGCUUCACAUCUUAAAUCAGUGUGCCUAGGACGUGCUGACUCGUGUGAUCGUGUCUGACUUAUAUAUCUGUUAUAUACUUAUAGUGUCAAAUUGUUAUCAACUUUAUGAAAUAAUGUGUUUAUAAAAAGAUAAACAGUAUUAUUUUUGUUGA